UGGAUCGAGGGCUCGCGCUCGUGGCACAACCCUCCCUGGUUCCCCGUCCCCUGGCUGCCUCCCGAGGGGAGCCCGGGCCGCGCGCCGCUGCUGCAGUGUUAGUUAAUGGUAGAAACAGCGGAAAGCUCCAUAAAUAUGCCGGAGCUGUAGACGGCAAAGUAGAGUAGACGCCCGCAAACGCUCACCCGCCGCGCACCUCGCGGCCGUGCAGACCUCUCCCCCCGCGCCACCCGCUGCCCCGUCCUCGCGGGCGGUUCAGGUGCCAGUCCCGCCGGCUCCGGACACGCUCCCGCCCCGGCGCCCUCGCCCGGCUCUCGCUCUCCUCCGCCCGCAGCCCGCGCCCACCCAGGCGGCAAAGUUGUGACUUCUUGGGCGCGGGUGGCUCGCUCCCCGCUCGCCCCGCGCCUCGCGCCGACGACUUCCCACUGCUCGGCCCUGUGGCGCCCCGGCCCCGCACCUCCGGGGAUCCCACGGCCGCCCGCCUCCAGCCUCGGCAGCGCUUCGGUGGCGGUUACAGCUGUGGUGGCGGCGGCCCCACACUCCACCGCCAAACUGGAGGAGCGACGGAAGCCCGACCCCAGGAGGAUGGAGGAUGAAGCUGUCCUGGACAGAGGGGCUUCCUUCCUUAAGCACGUGUGUGAUGAAGAAGAAGUAGAAGGCCACCACACCAUCUACAUUGGGGUCCAUGUGCCGAAGAGUUACAGGAGAAGGAGACGUCACAAGAGAAAGACAGGGCACAAAGACAAGAAGGAAAAGGAGAGAAUCUCUGAGAACUACUCUGACAAGUCAGAUGUGGAAAAUGCUGAUGAAUCUGGCAGCAGCAUCCUGAAACCACUCAUCUCUCCAGCCGCAGAACGCAUCCGAUUCAUCUUGGGCGAGGAGGAUGACAGCCCAGCCCCUCCUCAGCUCUUCACUGAACUGGAUGAAUUGCUGGCUGUGGAUGGGCAGGAGAUGGAGUGGAAGGAGACAGCGAGGUGGAUUAAGUUUGAAGAAAAAGUGGAACAGGGUGGGGAGAGAUGGAGCAAGCCCCACGUGGCCACAUUGUCCCUUCACAGCUUAUUCGAGCUGAGGACGUGCAUGGAGAAAGGAUCCAUCAUGCUCGACAGGGAGGCUGCUUCUCUCCCACAGUUGGUUGAAAUGAUUGUUGACCAUCAGAUUGAGACAGGCCUUUUGAAACCUGACCUUAAGGAUAAGGUGACCUACACUUUGCUCCGGAAGCACCGUCAUCAAACCAAGAAAUCCAACCUUCGGUCCCUGGCUGACAUCGGGAAGACAGUCUCCAGUGCAAGUAGGAUGUUUACCAACCCUGAUAAUGCCCGCAGCCCGCUUGAGAACUCAGUGCCCUGCCUAGCAAACCGCACCUCGGACGAUGACCCUCGAGUGCGGCGCACUCCCAGCGUGGGAUGGCUCAGUAGCCCAGGCAUGACCCAUAGGGAUCUGACUUCCUCCAGUCUGAAUGACAUAUCCGAUAAACCUGAGAAGGACCAGCUGAAGAACAAGUUCAUGAAAAAACUGCCUCGUGAUGCAGAAGCCUCCAACGUGCUCGUUGGUGAGGUCGACUUCUUGGAUAUGCCUUUCAUUGCCUUUGUUCGACUGCAGCAGGCUGUCAUGCUGGGAGCCCUGACUGAGGUUCCCGUGCCCACAAGGUUCUUAUUCAUUCUCCUGGGUCCUAAGGGGAAAGCCAAGUCCUAUCAUGAGAUUGGCAGAGCCAUUGCUACCUUGAUGUCUGACGAGGUGUUCCAUGACAUUGCUUAUAAAGCGAAAGACAGGCAGGACCUGAUUGCUGGCAUUGAUGAGUUCCUAGAUGAAGUCAUUGUCCUUCCUCCUGGGGAAUGGGAUCCCGCGAUCAGGAUAGAGCCUCCUAAGAGUCUUCCAUCGUCUGACAAAAGAAAGAACAUGUACUCGGGUGGAGAUAAUGUACAGAUGAAUGGGGACACGCCCCAUGACGGAGGCCACGGAGGAGGAGGACACGGGGACAGUGAAGAAUUGCAGAGAACUGGACGGUUCUGCGGUGGACUAAUUAAGGACAUAAAAAGGAAAGCACCAUUUUUUGCCAGUGAUUUUUAUGAUGCUUUAAAUAUCCAGGCGCUGUCAGCAAUUCUCUUCAUUUAUCUGGCAACUGUAACUAACGCUAUCACUUUUGGAGGACUGCUUGGGGAUGCCACUGACAACAUGCAGGGCGUGUUGGAAAGCUUCCUGGGCACAGCUGUCUCUGGAGCCAUCUUUUGCCUCUUCGCUGGUCAACCACUCACUAUUUUGAGCAGCACAGGACCUGUUCUAGUUUUUGAGAGGCUUCUCUUUAAUUUCAGCAAGGACCAUAAUUUUGACUAUUUGGAGUUUCGCCUUUGGAUUGGCCUGUGGUCAGCCUUCCUGUGUCUUGUGUUGGUGGCCACCGAUGCCAGCUUCUUGGUUCAGUACUUCACUCGCUUCACUGAAGAGGGCUUCUCUUCUCUGAUUAGCUUCAUCUUCAUCUAUGAUGCUUUCAAGAAGAUGAUCAAGCUUGCCCAUUACUACCCCAUCAACUCUGACUUCAAAGUGGGUUACAACACUCUCUUUUCCUGUGUCUGUAUGCCGCCCAGCCCAGUUAAUAUCUCAAUAUCUAAUGAUACCACAUUGGGUCCAGAGGACUUGCCAAGUACGUCUUCUACUGAUAUGUACCAUAAUGCCACUUUUGACUGGGCACUUUUGUCGAAGAAAGAGUGUGUGAAAUACGGAGGAAAGCUCGAGGGGAACAACUGCGAUUUUGUUCCUGAUAUCACACUCAUGUCUUUCAUCCUCUUCUUGGGCACCUACACCUCAUCAAUGGCUCUGAAAAAAUUCAAAACUAGUCGUUAUUUUCCAACCACGGCAAGAAAACUGAUCAGUGAUUUUGCCAUUAUCUUGUCCAUUCUCAUCUUUUGUGUAAUAGAUGCCCUGGUAGGUGUGGAUACUCCGAAACUGAUUGUGCCAAGCGAGUUCAAGCCAACGAGUCCCAACCGAGGUUGGUUUGUUCCGCCGUUCGGAGCGAACCCCUGGUGGGUGUACCUUGCAGCUGCUAUCCCUGCUUUGCUGGUCACCAUUCUGAUUUUCAUGGACCAGCAAAUCACAGCCGUGAUUGUAAACAGGAAGGAACAUAAACUCAAGAAAGGAGCUGGGUAUCAUCUGGAUCUCUUUUGGGUGGCCAUCCUCAUGGUGGUGUGCUCCUUCAUGGCUCUUCCGUGGUAUGUGGCUGCUACUGUCAUCUCCAUUGCCCACAUCGACAGUUUGAAGAUGGAGACGGAGACGUCCGCACCUGGAGAGCAACCAAAGUUUCUUGGAGUGAGGGAACAAAGAGUCACUGGAACCCUUGUGUUUAUUCUGACUGGUCUGUCAGUCUUUAUGGCUCCCAUCUUGAAGUUUAUCCCCAUGCCUGUACUCUACGGAGUGUUCCUGUAUAUGGGGGUAGCAUCCCUCAAUGGUGUCCAGUUCAUGGAUCGUCUGAAGCUGCUUCUGAUGCCUCUGAAGCAUCAGCCUGACUUUAUUUACCUGCGCCACGUCCCUCUGCGCAGAGUCCACCUGUUCACGUUCCUGCAGGUGCUGUGUCUAGCCCUGCUCUGGAUUCUCAAGUCAACUGUGGCUGCUAUCAUUUUUCCAGUCAUGAUCUUGGCACUUGUAGCUGUCAGAAAAGGCAUGGACUACCUCUUCUCCCAGCACGACCUCAGCUUCCUCGAUGAUGUCAUUCCAGAAAAGGACAAGAAAAAGAAGGAAGAUGAGAAGAAAAAGAAAAAGAAGAAAGGGAGUCUGGACAGUGACAAUGACGAUGAGAAAGAUCACCAACAUUCCUUGAACGCCACACAUCAUGCUGAUAAAAUUCCUUUUCUUCAGUCACUCGGUAUGCCAAGUCCUUCUAGAACUCCAGGAAAAGUUGUGCCUCAAAUCAGAAUAGAGCUUGAGCCUGAAGACAAUGAUUAUUUCUGGAGGAACAAGGGAACAGAAACUACAUUGUAACUUGUUUGUCUUUCUUCAUACUAACAACUGUUAUUGUUCAUGUUCUUGUUUUUGGUCUGGUUGUUUAUUUUUUAAUUUUUUGUUUUGGUUUUUGGCCAUUGGCCGAAUAAUACAGUGCUCUCUCUGCUUCUCUCUUGCAAAGGUAAAAUUAAGACAACAGUGCACCAUUCCUUAAAAACAACAUCUGAUGAGUCCCCUUUUUGUUCUUGUACUUUCAGAUGUGUCCUCUGACAACCAAAUUCCUCUGUCACACAAGACACGCACAGACCCUCCUUUUCCUUUUUAAGCAGAGGGCAAAAGUAUUAAGGAUUUUAUAACACCUUUUAUUCAAAUAUUGAAGGAACUUACCACUUUAGCUGUGGAGCUGUGCUUAUUGGCUUGUCACUCUGUCUAGUAAAACAAACCUUGACCUUCAGACAGAGUUUCUUCUUGCUUAUAGAGCUCUCCAGAACUGGCAAAGUGCUGCUAUUCUAACUUGCUCUUGCUUAUGAACCCUAAUCCUAGAGUUAUCAAAAGAAGAAAAACUAAUGGUACUUUAUUUCCUGUAGAGAAACUAUUGCCAUCAUUGUAGCAAGUACUGGAAUGUCCCUUUUUCCUAUGCAACUUUUUUUAACCCUUUAAUGAACUUAUCUGUUGAGUACAUUUGAAGAAUAUUUUUCUUCCAAGAUUUUGUUGUUUAAAUUAUGGGGCCUAACCUGCAACUUAUUUUUUGUCAAUUUUUUAAACUUUUUUUUAAUUACUGUAAAGAAAAAUGAAUUUUUUCCUGCAGCAGGAAACAUAGUUUUGAGUAGUUCUACCUCUUAUUUGUAGCUGCCAGGCUUUCUGUAAAAAUUGUAUUGUAUAUAAUGUGAUUUUUACACACAUAAACACAAAUACACAAUCUUUAGGGUAAGCCAGAGGGCUAGAUCAGAUGAAAAACACUGCAUUUCUAACCAUCCAUUUUUCUCUUUCUUUAAAAGAAAUUUAUCUGUUCUAUGAAGGAGACUGGGGAAGAAGGGAGAAACUCGUACAUAACGGAAAUUAAUGUUUUGAUAAUAGUAGUAUCCGGGCAUAGAUGCUAAUUGUAUUACCAUGUCAAUGUCCUAUGCAGUAUUGUUAGAUACAUUUUUUCAUUUUGAAAUAUUUGUGUGUUUGUGUAUGUACUCUGUGUGUGGCUGGUGCACACAUGUGCAAAGUUAGGGACAGAAUGAUGGUGGGCGGAGGGCAAAGUUACGCAGCCUCUUGUGUCAGUUUUCAUAGAACCCAAACCACAUAUGAAAAAUCCAUCAGAGGCCCAGGAGAUUUACCACUGUGCAAAUGAGGGUGAAUAUAUUUUAUUAUCCCGAUAUCAGUAACCAUCAGUAUAAACAGCCCAUGUUUAUAACACAAAAUCCAUAGAAAUAUUAAUAGACUAUUUUCACAUCUGUAAAGUGUUUAGAGGACUACAGAUGGAGCUACAGAGGUAUAUGUGUAUCCAUUUUAAUAGACUCACACAUUUGUUAGGAUAGAAAGGCAAUUAUUCCUUGUGAUUGGGAGGUUUAGAAUAUGUAUGUGUUAGUUAAUAAUUUGAAAAUUAGAAAAAAAAUCUUAACUAAAUUACAAUGUUAUUCAAAUAUAAUGUUUUAAUAGGUUGAAUUAUGUAUCAUGAAUCUGCAUUAAAAGAGUUAAAUGUUGGAUUCAGUUUUGAAUUUACAUAGUGAUAUUCCGUGAGAUAGCCUAACUAAAACAGGUGGUUGGGAUGGUACAGAAACAGGAUGAAGCCGCCUGUUUUGGUUUCAUCAUAUAUAUAUGUUAUAUGUUGACUCCCACUAAUUCUUAUGUUAUUGAGUUAUAAUUCUGUCCUCUUAAAAUUUUGACUAUAAAAAAUUUAUCCUGAACUGUUACUUUUAUAGUAUCCAAUAAUCUUAAAACUUUCAAUUUUAUACAAAUUAGACAUAAGUGACCUGAAAUUUUUACAUUCAAAGGAAGGUGGCAAAUUACCUGUUAUUUGUUAAAGCCUUGCAUGCCAAACAAAUUCUGGCAUCAUGUUUAUAUUUACAGCCAUCCUUGAAGUGAUUACUCUAUAUUAUCUAGCUUUUUUAAUUACUCUAAAAUAAAAUAAGUAGCUUUUCUCUUUUUUUUAACUGAUGGGAGCAUCAAUUAUAUGUUUAAAAACCACGCAUAAUAUGUUGAGCCUAACCUAAGAUAUUGUUAAAUUAGUGACAUUUUUGUUCAGUUUUAUAAAUUGUCUAGAUAAAGUAAUUUAAUUUUUUGAUCAUGAAUCAAAUAUUUGAAGAUUCAUGCCACUUUCCAUUCCUUUCAAAGAACUCCUAAAACUACUUAACUCAGUAUUUCUGCAUUGGAGCAGAUCUAAAAGCUAACCGCACCUCUGUUUAUGGUCCAUAUUCAAUGACAGGUUGAUACUCACAAUAUAAAUGCAGAAUAGUACAUUAUGUUAGCUAAAAGGAUCAGUUAGUAGUGUCAAAUCUUUUCAAUGUUUUGGAACCCAGGCAAGUAUUUUAAAAAUAACUUUCCGAGGAAUAGAAGCAGUUAACAAACCAAACCAGAGGCCUACACAGAGUCACCAAAUUAUCUCUAUUUUAAUGGAAAUUAUGUAUUAUUUAAGGAGUAACCAGAUUGUGUGGUUUUGUUUCUAUGUAAAUUGGACACACAGAAUACACUAGUAAACUUUUACACAGUGUUCCUCUAUGAUGUGAAUAUGGAGAAAGAAAUGUAAGUUGUUAGAAGUAAAGAACUAAGUGUACACUGAGACUUGCUAACCAGAACCAUACGGUUGGUUGGUGGUAUAGAUUUCUUGUCGGAGGAAAGGUCACUAGGUCAAGAGUCUGCCUUAAGGGAGCGGGGAAAAAAAGGUCUCUGGUUUUGCAUUUGAAAGAAAAUCUUCUUGAGGCACUGUUUUCCUUGAUAACAGUCACUCUUCUCUACUGGGUAAAACUAGGACUUGGAACCCUAAUAACUUUGUGUGCCAUAGGCAGUUAUGUUCCUGAAGGUUCUUCCAGUCAACCUGUGGAGUGGGGGUAGGGGGUGGAGGCUUAAAGUAGUAGAGCAAAAAACCCUCCCUAAUCGGCCCCCACUUCAAAAAUGGGGGAGAGGGAGUAAUGUCUGCAUUCAGCAGUUCAGUUGUGUCUAUUUUAUGCACUGCACCAACACACAUAGAGUAAAUCUCUUAUCAACUCUAUACUGGUGUUUGAUACAGUGAACGAUUGUCUUCCGAGUUUUGGUUCUUUUUUUUUUUUUUUUUUAACUGUGUUAAAGUACUUGAAUUGUAUUGACUGCUGACUAUCUUUAAAAAAAAAGAGAACUAUUUGAGUUGUAUUACAGAGGUUGGCAUUGUUCAGGGAUGGGACAAAGCUUUCUUCAAUCCUUUUCUUCAUACCACUUAACGAUUUGGUGCAGGAACAUGAGAUUUUCUUAUUUAUUCCAUAUUUCACAGCUGCUCUUCACAGCAUGAGCACAAAGCCCAGUGGCACCAAGUGGUUGAAUGCAAUCAAAUGAUAUUUUAUGGCGCUUGACUAUCUGAAGGGCCUGGGAAGUUUUCAGGUGAUGAUUUCAUUGAGCUUCACUGCAGCCUGAAAUAAAGUUUUGUGAUAAAUGCAAAUAUCGAUUUGUGUUUUGACCAGACAUUUGGAUAUGUCCUAUUUCUUGGCUCAUUUCUUUGUGUUCUAUGGGUACAUACAAAAUUCCUGAAUUCUAUUUCCUAGGCAAAUAUUGCAACUCAGGGCUAAUGUCAUCCAGUGAAACUUUUGGAGCCAGAAGUGACUUUGUCCCAUUCCUACAAUGUGAAAAGAGUGAAUAGUUGCCUCUUUUUAGCCAUUUUCAUGGCUGGUACAUAUUCGUACACAUUACUUUUCAGAAUCAAUAUGCACUUUCAGAUAUUUUUAUUCUCUUAAGUCUUUAUUAACUUUGGAGAAAUGAUGCAUCUUUUUAUUUUAAAUGAAGUAGAUCAACAUGGUGGAACAAAAUGAUAAAGAACAGAAAACAUUUCAAUAUAUUACUAAUAAUUUUUUUCCAAUAUAAAGCCUAAAAUUCCUAUAACAACAUAGUAUUUUACAGUUUUAUGAAGCUUUCUAUUGUGACUUUUAUGGAAUUAAGAGAUGAAGAAGAUGAGAUAUUUUAGCAUUUAUAUUUUUCAAAAUUAAAUGUAUACUUAAAAUAAAGUAACUUUAUGCAUU